AUGAUAAUUUAAAGAGAAUAAGUUAAAACCUUUUCUUCUCAAUCCAAUGACGAGUCAAUAAUGAGUCUUUGUCUUCAACUACCACUGUUUCCAAACUGUACAUUCUUUGGAUAAAAGUUUCUAGUUUGCAUUUCAUGUAUCAAGAGCUAAGUUAAUGAACUAGUCAGUUCCAUUUUUGUUACGGAUCUCUAAGCGAACAUUAAAAAUGCCGGUGCUCGAUUUGGUUUCACCGGUUACUGAAAUUUUCAAGUGUCUACUGCCUCCAAUUCUUCUUCAAAUUGGAUACUUAGUUCGGCAUCGGAGAAAGAUCGAAAAACUUGGGAAAAAAGUAGACAAUUUGAAGAAUUUAAGAAUUGAUUUGCAGGUUAGAGUUGAUGCAGCCAGGAGGAAUCUUGAAUCGAUUCGCAGAGUUGUACAAGUGUGGCUUGAACGGGUAGAUAAGGAAAUUAGUAAAGAUGAAACAAUGGAGAGACUAAUGAGUGGCCAGGCUCUUGAAGCUCUUAAUUCUCAGUCUUGUUUCAGCGCCACAACUUCUUGCGGGAGCAGUCGCUAUACUCUUGGAUGCAAAAUUGAAAGGAAGACUAUCAUAAUCGAAGAGCUUCUUGAAGAAGGUAAGAGUUUUCGCGAUAUUUCUGAUCCAAAUUUUGAUGGUAUAGAUUUUCUUCCUGCAAAUCCAGAUUUUGAGUCAUUUGCAUCAAGAAAAAUUGCUAUAGAUGCGGUAAUGGACGCAUUAAAAGACCAAGGAACUAGUUUAAUCGGUGUGUAUGGAAUGGGUGGAGUAGGAAAGACUAUGCUAAUGACUGAAGUGAGCAAACGGGUGCAAGAAGAGAAGCUUUUUGAUGUGGUUGUUAUGGCAAAUGUGUCUCAAAAUGUGGACCUGAAAAAGAUACAAGCUACGAUUGCAGAGGUCUUAGGCUUGGAAAGGAUUAAAAAAAUGGAAGAUACAAGAGCACGAGCAGCAAUGUUAUCAGCCCGAUUGAUGGAUGAAAAAAGUGUGCUGGUUAUCUUGGAUGAUGUAUGGACACAAAAUCUUAAUUUAUCUGAUGUGGGUAUUCCCCGCGGACAUAAAGGGUGCAAAGUUGCCAUCACUACAAGAAUGCGAAUACAAGUGUGUAAUUCGUGGAUCGUUGACAAGAAUAUCGAAGUUGGAGUCUUGACAGAAGAAGAAUCGUGGGAUUUAUUCAAGAAAAAUGUAGGUGAUUCUCCGGAUACGCAAUUAGAACUGGCAAGGCACAUUGCAAAUGAGUGCAAAGGUUUGCCGAUAGCACUUGUUACACUUGGCAGGGCACUGAGAAACAAAGACAACUUGUUGUGGGAGGAUACUGCUCUUCAACUGAAAAAUGCCACCUUUAGUUACAUUGAAGGUAUGGAUUCUCAAGUCUUCUCUUCAAUAAAAUUGAGUUAUGAUUACUUGGGGAAUGAUAUAUUCAAAAAGUAUUUCCUGCUUUGUUGCUUAUUUCCUGAAGAUUAUCGAAUUAAUGUGGAUCAUGAAUUGAUGAUGUAUGUCAUUUGUGAUGAUGAGUUGCUUGAAGUAGAUAAUCUAAAGCAGGCAAGAGGUAGAUUACACACAAUACUGGAUAAACUUGUAGGUUCGUGUUUGUUAUCUCGCAAUGAGAAAAAUGUAUCUCUUGUAUGGAUGCAUGACAUUGUUCGAGAUGUAGCAAUAUCAAUUGCAUGCGGAGAUAACAACGGGUUCUUCGUAAAAGCAGGCAUGAGAUUAAAAGUUUGGCCAAAAGUUUUACAGUCGAGGAGGAGUAGUAACGUUAAGCGCUUACGACUAUCACUAAUGCGAAAUCAAAUCAGUGCACUUCCAGAGCAACCUGAACUCCCUCGGCUCUUGAGCUUGUCUUUGGAAGGGAAUGAGCCCUUGAAAAAGAUCCCAGAUAGUGCCUUUGUGAAUAUGAGAUCAGUUGAAAUUCUUGAUGUGCGCUCGACUGGCAUAUCUUCAUUACCUUCAUCACUUCCACUCCUUGUAAACCUCCGGACUCUCUUUCUAGACUUUUGUAAUUUUGAUCACUGCACGGAUAUAUCUCUUGUUGGCAAGUUGAAGGAACUCGUGAUACUUAGUCUGCAAGGGUGUAAAUUAAGACGGUUGCCAGAAGACAUAGGAGAGUUAACAAACUUGAAGCUAUUGAAUCUGUCAUUCAAUGAGUCUCUUGAAGUCCCACCAAAUGUUAUUUCGAGGUUGUCUCAAUUGGAAGAGCUAUACAUGAUAAAAAGCUUCACUGCGUGGGAAGUCGAUGGGUGGGAGAACAAAAAUAAAGCUAGUUUAGCCGAGCUAACAUCUAUACAUACCUUAACUACUCUACACUUUAGUUUACUCAAGGAUGAUCCUCUUGGGGAUAGACGGAGAUUACGUCUUGACGUAACUUUUGGUCAAAGAACAGGCUCAGAUUAUAGGUUCUGUCACAAUUUCUGCGAGCUUAUGGUGUCACCUCCUCCGCUUUGUGAUUUGAUUAAGGUGCUGAUGGAAAGAGUCGAAAAGUUAAGUGUCAGAAACAGUAAGGGACUCAAAACUGUGGCGGAACUUGUUCCGAGUAAUGUUGGAUUCAAGAAAAUGAAUUCUCUGCAUUUGCAGCAAUGCGACGAGAUGGAAUAUCUAAUGAGUGCAAAAGAAGGAGAAGAAGAUGCUGAGAUUCCACCAAAUGCAUUCAUUGUUUUAGAGGAACUAAUUAUCUGUUCAAUGCAGAAUUUGAAAGAGAUUAUUCAUGGACCAAUACCUGCAGGGUUGAUGGACAAACUGAAACGAGUAAUCAUAAAUAACUGCGAAAAACUGACCAGUGUUUUCGCUUCCACUUUGGCGAACAGGGUACCCAAUUUGGAUGAGCUUAGACUAGAAGGUUGCGCCAUAUUGAAGGAUAUAUUUAACUUAGAAACAGAACCCAUCAGCCAAGAAGAGGUAGUUGUUACAUUCUCAAAACUAAGAAAGAUAUAUCUGCAGGAUUUGCCAUCUCUAGAAACCAUAUGGAAAGGAGUCAUUCCACAUGGAUGCCUGGGAAACCUUCAAAUACUCGAUCUUUACAGUUGUGAGAAGUUGAAAUAUCUCUUUUCUACGGCCAUUUCGUGUAGUCUUAAACAAUUACAGGAGCUUACCGUUCUUUUUUGUUUGGAUAUGGAGAAACUAAUCGAGGCAGACGAAGAAAUGUUUGAAGACUCAUUAGCAUCUACUGAAAUAGUUUUUCCAAAUCUUGAAACGCUCAUUGUCUCACACUGUCAGAAUCUUGAGCAAUUGUGGGAUGGAAGGGGUUCCAAAAAUGUUACAAUGUCGGAUAAGAAACCGGUUCUGCUUCCUAAAUUAUUGAAGCUUGAACUAAGUAACUUGCCAGCACUUUCUUGUUUGAAUCAAGGGUCAUCAUAUUUUGAUUGUCCUUCUUUACAACACUUGCAAGUGGUUGGGUGUGAUAAUUUGAAGGGGAUCUCUUUGUCUCACCAAAGAACACCAAAAUUGGAGAAGAUUGUUGGGUAUAGUGAGGAUUGGUUUCAAAGUUUUGAAUGGGAGAAACCAGGUGAUAGUUUAGCUAUGCGUCACUUAUUUCAGGCGGAUUAUCAAUGUGAUGAUGAUGAAUAAAAAAAACUUAAGGAGAACAACUGCAGGAAGAAGAACUGCCACGUAUUAAAGGAACAAAAAUGGCAUUUUCAAUCUUUGCCAGUUUGAGCAACUGCAGACGGACUCUUAAGUGAUGAUUCCAUCAAGCGUUUUUCAUGAAUUCUAGGUUGGAGCAAAGACGUCAUCUCCUUUGCCUUUCUCAUUCGCCAUUGAAUACUUCACUGAUGGGUGCAUACUACUACAGCCACCACCCUGAGCAGGGCCUGUCCAAUGGCACAGAGUGACAAAAGAAAAGUGUUCCCUAUGCCAGAUCUCUUUUUUCUUUCCGAAGUACCAGAUAAAUGCUGUUAAUAUUCCUGAAUAAGUUGCUUGUUAUAGUUUUUUUUUUGUUUUUCUUGCAGUUGUUGUUCCAGUAUAGUGAUACACUUGUGUAUAAGGGUGGCAAUUGGAUGCUUAUUGGUACAGAUUGUUUGUACCAUAUUAAAACGGUACAUGGAUAAUGGCUUAUUAUUGAAGCCCAUUUUGUUUAUUAU